AUGUCCACGAGCAAGGAAGCAGAUGAGGCCGUCGUGGUGUCUUCUGACCAUGAUUUUGGCACUUCCAAACCCGUUGGGUUUCUUGCCCGUCUUAAGGGUGACCGCGUGGAUCUCAACGAUGUUGCAAAGAUCUAUUUCCAGCAAUCUCUUCAAUACGAUCAAAGUCAGCUAGAGCGCGAUUCUAUUAGGGUCCGGAGAAAGCUCGACUUUAUCGUUCUGCCAAUGAUGAUGACAACUUACAUGCUGAGUUUCCUGGAUAAACAGACUCUCAACUACUCUAACGCUUACGGUCUGCAAAGCGACACGCAUAUGACCGGCAAUCAGUACUCAUGGGUCUCAUCUGCCUUAUAUUUUGGCUGGCUUACGGCAGCUUACCCUUGGCAGAUUCUUCUGCAGAGAUAUCCUAUUGGCAGGUUGAUCGGAAUUAUGCUGUUUAUUUGGGGCGCGGUGUGCAUGCUUCAGGCUGCGGUAUUCAACUUCUCGGGGUUUUUCGCCAUUCGAUUUUUCCUUGGAGCUUUGGAAGCUGUGAUUUCCCCCGCAUUCAUCGUUUUGACAUCAAUGCUUUGGACCCGUGAGGAACAAAGUCUCCGUAGCUCAUUCUGGCUAUCGGUCAAUGGCAUCUCAUCCAUUUUAGGCGCUCUUCUCGCGUAUGGCGCCGGCCAUGCCUCAGGACUAGCAAUCCCACAGUGGAAGCUCAUCUACUUGAUUGUCGGUGCAUUGACUUUCGCCUGGGGUUUUGUUAUCUAUUUGUACUUACCUGAUGGCCCUCACAACGCCAAAAUGUUAACCGAAUAUGAGAGGGUUGUCGCAGUGUGGCGAAUCUCUCGCAACCAAACCGGUCUGAAGCACUUCAAGACCGUGCCCGAGCAGAUCAAGGAGGCUCUCCUUGACGAAAAAGCGUGGCUGCUGUUCUUAAUGGCUAUUUGCUAUGGUAUCCUCAACGGCGGUGUGACGAACUUCUUGUCCGCCAUUAUUAAAGGCUUUGGCUAUGAUGCUCUACGUACGAGCUUGUUGCAAACUCCUGUGGGUGCUUUUGAAUUAGUAAUGGUCAUCGCGUUUGGCUAUCUGUCAAAAUUGCCAAACAUGGUUGGCGCCACAAUCUUCAUUGCUUGCAUUCCUGGAUUAGCGGGAUUGAUUGGGAUUCUCAAGAUCCCAAUUAACCACCGAUUCGCGCUUGUCGGAAUGUGUUGGAUGCAAGGUAUCCUCGGCUCUCCUGUCAUUCUAAACUGGACGCUUCCUGGGCUUAACACUGCCGGUCACACCAAGCGAAGCACUGUUCUUGGAAUAUAUUUUGUGCUCUACUGCGCAGGAAACAUCGCUGGGCCGCACCUUUUCCUUGAAAACGAGGUCCCAAGAUAUCCAACAGCUAUCAAGGGCUUAGCUGGUGCAUAUGCCGGGGCAAUGGGGUUACAGAUUAUCUAUACCGGAUAUUGUUAUCUGGAAAACCGCAAGAAGCAGAAGAUGGGUCUUCUAGGAGAGGCUAAUAUCGCAGAGGAAGCUAUGGAGAGCUUUAAUGAUUUGACGGACAAGCAAAAUAAGCAUUUCAGAUAUCGCAUUUAGAGCUUCUGGACCUGUGAAGGAUUCCAGGCUUCUUUUACAUUUCGUGAGAAGUUGUUUUGCUAUCUUUUAUCAAAUGUGUG